AUGUCUCUGUUGUUGGCUUCUAUCACAGCUUGGACCCCAACUUCAACAAACACACCGACCUCAACAAGUUUAAUAAGUGUGCCUACUACUGCACAGUCUGCUUUGGAACUGAGUUUGUCAGCUGCGUUACAUUCUCUUAGCACUUUUGGACCCCACGUCAAGAAUCAAGAUUAUGUGCUGGCAUCCCGUGUCAUUCGUGGAGCUCAAGUUUCUUUGUCCAUCCUUUCAGCACAAAAUGUCUUAGCCACAGCAACAGCAGACAAUGUCAAAGCACAGGCCACUGAAUUAAUCUGGAAUCUGACGCAAAAUCUUGAGGAUUUGUUUUGGGAUGAAAACGUUUACAAUAUCCAUCGUCUUACUCGUCCAGGGAAUAUCAUCUUUUUGGUUGUGUUUUCCAUCACUGUGUUGUGGUAUACUUUGAUACUUGCAAAAUCAAGAUAUUGGUGGUUCAACAUUGCAUUCUUCUGUGGUGCCGUUUUAGAAUUUUUGGGAUUCCUUGGAAGAGUGUUAUCAUUCAGUGAUAUGACUUAUUUCCAGUACUAUUUGUUACAACUUAUUGUUUUGACUAUAGCACCAGCAUUCAUCAUGGGCGGAAUAUAUUUCUUACUAGGACAGUUGGUUAUUAUUCACGGUCGUCAAUUUUCUGUUUUGAAGCCGUUGUGGUACGCUUACAUCUUCAUUGCUUGUGAUGUGACUUCAUUGGUAAUUCAGGCAAUUGGUGGUGGUAUUGCUAGUGUUCGAGCAGAAAACUAUGAAAACGCUGACCCUGGUACAUACACCAUGAUUGCUGGUAUUGCAUUCCAAGUGUUUUCUAUGUCUAUUUACAUAAUCUUUUGGCUGUUGUUCUUGUGGAGAAUCUAUUUCCCAAAAACUGAUAUAUACCCCCAUGCUCAAUCAGAAAAGAGUCCUGUUGCUAAUAGUCCACACCAGUUGUUGAAGCCAAGUGUCAAAAACUUUUUCAAAUUGCUUUUCAAUACCAAGGAGACUGCCGAGUACAAGAGAAAUGUAUUGGAGCCAUAUUACAACCCCAAAUAUGCCGACAUUAGACUGAGAAAGUUGUACAACUACUUCCCAUUAGCAGUGUCAUUAGCAAUAAUUGCUAUUUUCAUUCGUUGUAUUUACAGAGUGGUGGAGUUGGCCCAGGGAUUCAGUGGGUAUUUGAUCACCCAUGAGGUUUAUAUCAUGUGUUUGGAUGCGCUCAUGUUGUUCUUUGCAUUGUAUAUUUUCAUUCCUUUCCACCCACACAUUGUUUUUGGAGCAAGCAAUAUCAUUAGAUUAAGUGACAUCAAGGGAAACACCGAUGAAAAGGUCGAGGAAGAGUUGUAUCCUUUGGAUGACGAUAACCACACUUUUAGGAAUGACACUAUUCCUUUCGGGGAAAGACACGACGUUGCGGAAGAUGAUAAAUUGAAAGACAGCGGAGAAUCUCAGAAUAGAGGUUGGUGA